AUGUUAGAACAGUUGUUGAAGUAUUGUACAAAUAACGUCGAAAUGAUAAAAGAAGCCUAUGAUGUAGUUGUUAGUGUGCCACGUAGGGCAAAUGAUCUCAUGCAUCUGGGCAAUUUCGAAGGAUACAAGGAUCUUGGGGCACUUGGAGAUUUUGUAAUGCAAGAAACUUUUAUUGUGUGGGACCCGAGAUCAUUGUUUAAGAAAGGCACUGAAAGACAAGUUUUCCUUUUUGAAUUAUGCGUUGUAUUCGCAAAGAAAAAGGAAAAUCCGUCUACUCGAGGUGUGAAGUAUGUAUAUAAGAGUCGACUUAUGCUUUCGGAAAUCAACGUAUGUGAGCAUGUUGAAGGUGACUCAAGCAAAUUUGCUUUGAGGCAAGGAGACAUGCCCAACAACGAAUUGAGAACUGAUCUUAAAGCACCAAGUGAGCAGUGUAAGGUACACUGGGUGAAAAAAAUACGCGAACUUAUGCAGGGUCUGAUGACUGCUGAUUUAGAAAGACGGCAGCCAUUAACUUCACGGCCUCUUCGUUCUCAUGCGUCUACUACGUCUAAUUCUGAUAGGACUUCUAAAGACAGCGAAAGUUUGGGUCGUAAUGUAGAUGAUCGGAAUUCUAUGAGAAGCUUUGCAUCUUCUGACGGCAAUUUUGAGGUUGCAUAUAGAGCCAUUCUGGUUUAUAAAUUCUUAUCAUGCGUUUAA